AUGGGUUUCAAGAAGAACAUCCUCGUCGCAAGUGCCUUUGCACUCUGCGCUUUCGCAGCACCUGUCCCCGCCCGGGGCCCCGAUUGCGACCUCGAAGACGGUGCCCCGGCAGCUCCCCCAGCAGAUGCCCCAACCACCGAGGCGAGCCUGACUGCUGACAACUUGAUCGCCAUCGCCCCCACCACCGCGUCCUGCGACGGUGCACCAUUCCCCGACGAGUGUGCAGAUGCAACUGCAGCCGCUACUGCUAUCAACAAGGCCUUCGAGACCUACAAGAUCACAUCCAAGGGCGAGAGGGCCGCGAUCGUCGCGUAUGAGCUCUUCGAGAGCGGAAACUUCAAGUACAAGAGGAACCACUUUCCCGAACCAGGUAGGCCUGGCCAGGGCACAAGAAUGAUGGCCAUGCCCCCCAUUAUCGAGAAGUACGCAACCGCUAUUGCAGGUGCAGACGCCGUCGCGACAGCAAAGGCCACUGGAGUCGAUGCCGUUCUCGACCUCGUGAACUCCGACGACGAGAAGAGUUUCGGUUCGGCGGCCUGGUACGUCACUACGUGCAGUGCGGAGGUCAGAGCCGGUCUUGACGCGGCCACCAUCGAGGGCUGGCACGCUUUCUUGACAGAGUGUGUCAACACCCCGCCCGCUGCUGAGCGUGACACUCUGUGGACUGCGACCACGCCCAACGUCCAGUGA